UGUACUAGGCCAAAACACAAAAAAAAAUUUUGACUGACAGGUAAACAAAAAUUCAAUCUGAAAGUUUGCAUUGUGUUUUGAUUUGAUUUUCACUUGUUUUUCGAGAUAAAUAAUCUUUAACUACUGGGUAACAAAUUAGAAGAAAUAACCUUAUUAUCUAAAAAUAAAUAAAACAAAAAUAAAUAACAAUAUCCACUGGGAGUUAAAAAAACCAUUGCUACUUUUCAUCUAUUUAAGUACUAUUAGUUUUUACAAUGACUGAAGAACGCAAGAAAAUAUCGCCAGAGCAACUGAAUAUGCUUGUAAACGAAAUUUUGAACGACAAGUUGCUGAGUGCUAUGAGAGGACGUAACAAAACCAGGAACACUUUAUAUAAACAGAAAUGGGAUAUACUAACAAACAAAUUGAAUGCGCUUGAAAAUGGCGCGCAGAGAAGUGUUUCUAAAUGGCAACAGACAUGGAGGGACUUCAAAUCCAAUACAAAGAAGAAGGCCAACAGGGGUCCCUCAUCAGAGCUAUCUGAACUAGAGCUUCAAGUCCUCCGAAUGGACAACUUUUCCCAAGUCAGAGAAGGAAUUGAUAUAAGAUCAAUACUAGAAGUGGACCCUCUAUCCUCCGAUGAAGAUCCUUCAGACCAUGAUAGCUUGGUCACACCGGAUAUGGUCACAGUAUAUUCUAAUAAUGAAAACAGAGGCAAUGUAAAAAGAUCCAAUUCAGACAAUGAAAAUGGUAAUAUUAAAAGGCAAAGAAUUCACCUGUUCCCUGAUGCAAAUCUGGCCCAACAAACUGCGACCGCUCUGUCUAGUCUGGUAGCUCUAGAAACAUCUAGAAAAGAAGCUGAUGAUAGAAACGCGAAACUUCUAGAAGAUAUUCGAACUAAUGUAAUCAGAUGUAAUACUAUUUUAGAACAACAGUUAGAGGUCUUUAAUAAAGUGUUAGCUUUACUGAUAGAGAGGGCUAAUGUAAGGUAAUUAAUGGGAGGAUGGAAUACUUUGUUUUAUAAAACUUUUAUAACAAUACAAGUAGGUGAAUACCAGUUUUAUUACUUUUCUUAAUGUUUAUUACUUAUAAUAAAAAUAUUUAAGACCAGAAA